AUGUUUGGCGGGGCGGGUGCGCGCUCCGCCCCCGCGCAGCACUUUGCUCCGCGCGUGCCCCGCCGCGGGUCCGGCGCCGAUGACGACGAGGACGACGUCAUGGCGCCGCGCAUCAGCAUGGCGUACGAGGGCGUGCUGCCCGAGCGGCGCACGCGGUCGUCGCCCGAGGGCGCGCGCCGCACGGCGCGGUCGAGCAGCGGCGGCGGCGGCGACGAGGACAGCGCGGCAGGGGAGGAGGAGGACGACGAGCCCCUGCCCUCCAGCAGCGGGAGCGAGGGCAUCCCCACCACGCGCCGCGACAGCUACACCCGCUACCGCCUGCAGCACCGUCCCAUGGAGAUCCGGCCCUCCGGCCUGCGCAUGGACGAGGAGUACGACUCCGACGACGGGGGCCCUGCGUCACGGGGGCGGCCCCCCCGGUUGCGACCCCCGGGCCAGUGA